GAAAUGUCGCAAGCUGUGCCAGAUAUUUUAAAACAAAGGUUUAUUGAAUUAGAUGGAACCUCACAAUCUUUAAUUCCCUGUACUAACAAUGACAAACAUUCCCAUACAAAAUUUGCUAGUGGAGGGUUUCUGCUUUGGAAAGGCGUUGAGAGUGGAUAUUUUUACGUUGUUGAAGUUUCAUCGCCUGGUUCUAUUCUCAUUUUUGACGGACGCAAUAACAAAGCAGAACCGAUUUUAGAACAUAAAUUUGGCAGAACGGCUAUUAUUAUUGACGUUGUUUAUUUUCCGGCUGCCAGUGAUAGGCCGGGAGUUCUUGUUGCCGUUGCUGACCGUUCGAUGGAAAAAGGUGACUAUGUGGCUUAUAUUUCUCUACGUUCGAAGAAACUCUUGAACUCUUGUUAUGUGAAUUAUCCGAUCACGAAGCUUUGUUCAAUUGUUGACGGAAUGUCCGCUCGUGAUGCUUUGCCUAAACUUUCCAAAAAUCUUAGAACGGAUUGGCCUCAUAUUUUUCUUGUUGGCUGCCGGCUUGGUUACGCUGCUCUGCUUUGUAUGGAUAUAUCUACUGAUGAUCCAGACAUGAUGUUUUUGACCGAAAUUUCUGAAUCUCCUACAAAAGCGGUUCAAACUAUGCAACGACCAUCCAGACCAAAGAAAUAUGUUCAUCUUUCAAAAGUUUUCUAUGAUGACCAAAUGUUUGCAUUCCGUUCAGAUGAUGGAACAAAUCGGUGUUAUGCACUUGAUCGCGUUUUUGUUUCUGCUCUUUAUUGGAUUGAAAGAUCUUGCUUGUUGGUUAUUGGAUUUAAUUUUGGUGGUAUAAUGAUUGUCUCUCUGAAGACAUCAAAAGUUUAUUCAUUGUUAUACGCUGACGCGAUGGUUCAACAUUUUGCUCAUCUAGACCCCGAAGAUGAUCCGAGGCCUGUUUAUUAUAUGUGGAUUUCUUACAAUUCAAUGCAAUGGUUGUUUUUGGAAAUUAUUUUAAUUGAUAAUUUUAGUGGAAAUACUUUGCUUCUUUGCACUGUCAAUUUUCCAAAAGAUGAGAAGGAAACUAACAAUCCGGCCGAAUGGACUUUUAAUGAGCCUGUUUUUACGCCUUGUAUGAAGUGGUCUCCUGACAAUUGUAAUCGUUUGCUGACAAUGAGGACGAUCUACAGACCAAAGCAGCGAUCUACCCAAAAUGGUGUAAAUCAACGUCCACUUUCUUCAUUUUCAAAUUCUUUCUCUGAAACACAAUCUAAAAAUGGUUUUUUUGAUAAUUUAUUUUUAGACAUUUAUUUUAGAUACCUCGCUUCUCUUCAUGGCAUGGAUACAAAAGACCAGUCGCGAUGA